GGGGGACAUCGCCAAUGUUCGUUUAUCUUCGUGCUGUUUCAUGGUCAAGUUCACUAAGUCUAUAUAACAAGCAUAGAGUAGGAGCUGUUGUUAGUUGAAACAGAAACCACAAGAUUGUAGCUUUCUCAACAUUUACCGAAAGGAGCAAGUGACUGUUAUUCAUAUUCAUAAUCUGACAAGUGUCGAUUCUUUAUACCGUUCGAUAGUGACAAUUUUCUUAUUCAGUGACAAUGGGUAAGGAUUACUACAAAAUUCUUGGCAUUGCUAAGGGUGCAUCCGAGGAUGAAAUCAAGAAAGCAUACAGAAAAAUGGCAUUGAAAUACCACCCAGACAAAAACAAGUCUCCGGGAGCAGAAGAUAAAUUCAAAGAAAUAGCCGAAGCUUAUGACGUUCUCAGUGAUCCUCAGAAAAAGGAGGUAUUCGACAAAUAUGGUGAGGAUGGUCUGAAAGGAGGAAUGGGCAUGGGAGGUGGUAACACAGGCGGUGGUGGUGGUAGAAGUGGAAACUACUCCUACACCUUCCAUGGUGAUCCUCAUGAAACAUUCAGAAUGUUUUUCGGCAAUGAAAACCCGUUUGAAAAUUUCUUCGGCCAAGGUGGCCCUGGAGGAAUGGGUGGUGGUAGAUCACCCUUCUUUUCAUUUCAUAGUGGCGGUGGUGGUCGUGGAAUGGAAGAUGAAAUGGAUGUUGAUGAUCCAUUUUCACAAUUUGGUGGACAGAGGCGAAGAAAACAUCAAGAUCCAGCAGUAGUAAGAGAGCUGCAAGUAUCACUUGAAGAAGUUCUUACUGGUACCACCAAAAAACUGAAAAUAACCCGAAAGGUCUUGAAUCCUGAUGGACAGUCAUCAAGAAGUGAGGACAAAAUUUUGACAAUAGAUGUUAAACCUGGAUGGAAGGCAGGUACCAAAAUAACCUUCCCCAAAGAAGGUGACCAAACACCGCAAAACGUGCCUGCAGACAUAGUGUUUGUAAUCAAGGACAAACCACACACAUUAUUUACUAGAGAGGGCAGUGACAUUCGCUAUAAGGCUCGCAUUUCUCUCAGAGAUGCUUUAUGUGGAACCACCAUACAAGUGCCAACGCUUGGUAACCGUAAAAUUCCUCUUCCAUUGACUGAGGUUAUCAAACCAAACUCUGUAAAGAGAAUUCAGGGUGAAGGACUUCCAAUACCGAAGACCCCAUCCCAGCGAGGUGACCUUAUAGUGGAAUUCAAUGUUGUGUUUCCUAACAGUAUACCACCAGCAACAAAGGAAAUUCUCAAGGACUGUAUUCCUCAAUCGUAGUGUUCACAAUUUGUAGGUCAGUUUGUGUAAAUAUUUGUAAAUACUGUCCCGAUGUAUUGUUUUUGUUUACACAUCACAUUCACAUUGUUAAUAAUAAUUAGUUCAUUAUCAUAGGGAUGUGAGGUAGACAAAAAGCCUAAGUUUUUUAAGCUAAUGAAGUUUUUGCCUCUCAAAACAUUUCAGAAAUAGUUUUGAAAUUAAGCUUAUUUGAAAUCGAUAAUGACUACUGCAAAAUAUUUUAAAAAUAAAAUCAUAAAAAUUCAAAUAAGCUGUAUCACUGCAAGACCAAAUUAUCUAUUGCAUUUUUAACUCAUUGAUCUAUGAUAUGAUUAUGAUAUAUUAUAUUCAUCCUUUAAUACGGUAGAUUACUAUAUCAUAAAUGGGAUACAAAGUAGGCCUAUAUUAAGUAGGCUGUCAGUACAUACCUACUAAAUUUGUUCGGUAUGGUAUUUUGUUGACAAGUUAGUUAACAUUUAGGCUUUAUUAGAAUUGAAUUAAACUGCAGCUUGUUGGGAGUGCCAUUAUCUGGUUGUAUGAAAAUAGUGUUUUUGCUUGGAUUUUUUCUGUCUUAGAUCUAAAAAUACGAUUUCAGGUUAUUCAAUUUUUUUUUCAGUUUUUUAAAAUCUAAUUUAUGAAUAAUAAUUUUUUAAAAUGAAAAUUUGUCUUUAGGCAGUUAUAAAAGUUUCAUUUAGGCUACAUAUAUAUAUAAUAUAGUUGAAACCAAAACAAUUAGUGACUGGAACUAUUCAAGGAAAAUAAGUCAACCUGUUAGUAAGUGUUAGACACUUCAGAACUAAAGAUGUAUGGUACAACAUUGAGCUAGAAAAAGGAAUUUAAAAAAAUCAAGCAGAAACUUACUGUCCAUUGUCUUUCAUUUUCUUACCAAAAUAUAUUAUUAAUGUAUAUAUUUUAUGAAAUUAAGAUAUUUUUUUUUAGGUUGGAGGAGGGCCACCUCAUUCAUCUUCUUGACAACCAGUAUUUUUAAUGUGUGAAACUAGGAUAACUUAUGUUUGAAGUGUCUUUUAUUUGUUAAAUUUAUUCUGUGUCAGCUUUACUGACUAGUGGUAGUAAAGGCCUAAAUGUUGCUUAUCUGUAGUUGGGUCAGAUAACUGACUACAGGUAGUUAAGGCCUACCUAUGUUGCUGAUCUUUAAAACAGGUAUUUGGCUUAACCUUCUAAACAUUUUGUAAUUAUUUUUUGUUCAUGAUGUAUUGCAUUGAUAUUGGUAAAGCCUAAUUUCUUUGUUUUUAAGAGUAGUACGGUCAUGCAUAUCAACUUCAAUUUGCAAUUGAAUGUAUAAGUAUAAACAAAAGACAAUUGUUUUAAAAAAUAACAUAAAAUUCUUUUUAUUGAAAUGAAACUUCCAUUGUGAUGGUCUUUAGUAAAUAAAAUUUACAUGGC